CUGGUUCUUUUAACGCCACACCAAAUGCUAACCAACCCAUGAAUGCCACCAAUAAUGUCAACACUAACCGCGCGAAUACACCAAAGAAUAGGACAGAAAAUGCUCACAAAACGCAAAACAACAGCUCCUCUGCGAACCACCACUCGGAGCACAGGUAUGGCUCCUCUCAGCAGCCGUCGCACCACUCUUCAAGCACUAGUCAUCACAAUCGACACAAUCAAUGGCACCAUAACUCACAUCACAACCGAAACAACAACAGAAUGGCAUCUAUGGGUAGUGGUGUCGGAUGGCCUCAUAUGGUGAACCAGAAUUACCCACACUUUCUACUACAGCAACAAAAUGACCCAAAUACAAACCAAAUGAAAGAAACACAAUAUCUUCAGUCCGGACAACAAGUAUUUUUAUCAUCGAUUGCUAACUAUGGACAG